AUGUCUUGGUCUCCUUCUCCUCUGUUUGCAAUCUCAACCAGAAGGCCACGGACUCGUCGGAAGCGGCCGAAUCAGACUUACGACGAAGCGGCGGCUCUUCUCUCCACCGCAUAUCCGACCAUCUUCUCCUCCUCCUCAUCCAACACCAAACACAAGUCUGUUGAAAUCUCCUCCGGUUACGACGAUGCUUCCUCCCACUUGCUUGUGCCGUUUCAGGAGUCCGAUUUUCUCUUCAAUCCCUCUGUUCUGAUGAAAUCGGAAUAUCACUUGUUCGAGCACCAUGACGAUAAGGAAGUCAAUCUCGGUUCUGAUGAAUGGGAAGCAGCGAAUUGGUUCGGAAUAUUCAACGAGGAGAUUGAACAAGGAAUCGACAGUUUUAUGGGUAACAUCGAAUCUGCAAGGAGUUGUCAUCAGAGCAUCGGUCGAUUAGUGGAAAUGAUAAGGAAUCCUUUUUCCAUGGGAUUGAGGAACGCUCUCAGGGAAAACGACGAUACCAACUUGUGCAGAUUUCCCACCGUCCAAUUCGAACAGAUCUCGCCCUCUGAACAGAUCUCGCCGUUGUUGAAGCUGGACUACGAUGGGGUUUUAGAGGCUUGGUCCGAUAAGGACUCACCAUUCUCCGACAAUAUUCUGGCUUCUGACCUCCAUGUACACUUACUUUAUCCUCUAAUCUCUCUUUCCCGCCCUUGGAUUAUUCACAUUUCAACCUUUUUUUUUGUUGAUUAA